UUUCAAUCAGUCGUACUUUGGUUAACCGAUUUGGCUUUUCGUGUAUUUGUAAAUCCGUGGUGUUUAUCCGUUCCGACCGCGAGGAAAAUUUCUUUUUGGUUGCUCAAUAAGUCCUUCAAGUAACUUUUUUGGGAAAUAUUGUGCAGUAUUCUUCCGAAAUUUUUCAAAAUAAAUAGUUGGUUGGUUGCAUAUUUAAAUCGUAAUCGAAUUCAUUUUGACGUAGAGAAACAUUUUACACGAAACUAGCAAAAAGAAAGACAAAAAAAAAACAGAGACUUAACACGAAAUCGAUGAAACAUAUUUCUUGUGUAAAUCGCCUAGUACAAUAUUUUGUGAUUUUUUUUUCGGUUGAAAUUUAUUAAUUUUAUGUGUGCGACUCUGUGUAACGCAUGCGUGAUUACGUCAAAUAAUAUUUCACGAAAGCUCACUCAAGGGUAGGCAGUUCAUACUUGUGAAAGAUAGAAAGCAGUCGAAUUCUGUGUGUGACGAAACAGUUGUGCCAACAUAAUCUUGUGUUUCAUCAAUAUAUAAAGUAUAGCUUGUUAAAGACCGAAAACAAACAACCAAAAUGGCAGCUUUUGUGGCUAAACAAAUGAUCGGGAAUAAAAUGAGCGCCGUUAAAGGUGCUGUGGGCGGAGGAGACGAUGGCGGUGAUGGUGACGAUAAGGAAAAGGCAGAGGAAGAGGAAAGAGAACGUCAAGAAGCGAUCAGAGAAGCUGAGGAAAGACGAAAAGAAAAGCAUCGAAAAAUGGAAGAAGAACGCGAAAAAAUGCGACAAGAGAUUAGGGACAAGGUAAGAGGCCACUUCCUAUUUAAUUGACAUUUAAUUCUGUAA